AUGGAUGACAAACAACCACAGGCCUUGAAAAUUAAACGGGAAAUAGGGCUGAUUGGUGGUGUUGCCCUAAUUUCUGGAACUAUGAUCGGAUCUGGGAUAUUCAUGUCCCCACAGUUUGUGAUGGGCUACGCGGGAAGUCCUGGAGCCAGUCUGCUUAUCUGGGCUGUGACAGGAGUGGUUGCUAUGUUUGCUGCGUUGUCUUAUGCUGAGCUUGGGACAAUCAUCUGUGAAUCUGGUGCUGACUUCAUCUACAUACUGAGGAUCUAUGGUUCAUGCCCUGCCUUUUUUGCAGCAAUCACUUUUAUCCUGGUUGUGAAGCCUUUUAGUGCUGCAGCAAUGGCAAUUAGCAUUUCAGAGUAUGUCUUGGCACCCUUUUACCCAGGCUGCCAUCCUCCUCAGCUGAUAGUGAAGUGUGUUGCAGCUGUGAGUAUAUUGGUGGUUGCCAUAGUCAACAGUCUGAAUGUCCGCAUCGCUGUCAGGAUACAAGUGAUCUUCUUGAUGGCAAAGAUUCUGGCUUUAGCAGCCAUUGUAAUUGGAGGCAUAGUGGAGGUCACACAGAGCACCAGGGUGAUUGUGGAAAAUUUGAAUGCUGAAAAUGCAUUUAAAGGCACUCAGUAUUCUUUAAACACUAUAGGGAUGGCUUUUUAUCAAGGACUCUGGUCUUAUGCUGGCUGGUACAACCUGAAUUAUGUCACUGAAGAGUUGAAGAGACCAGAGGUGAAUCUUCCCAGAGCUGUUGUGAUCGCCAUAUCCUUGGUGACUGGUUUGUAUCUGCUGGUGAAUGUGAGCUACCUCACAGUAAUGACACCCACUGAGCUCAUGUCGUCCAAUGCAGUAGCAGUUACAUGGGGGAACAAGGUGUUAGGAAGUUGGGGCUGGAUCAUGUCUGUGGCUGCAGCUCUGUCUGCUUUUGGUUCACUGAACGGGACAUUUUUCAGCGGUGGCCGUGUGUGCUUUGUUGCUGCCAGAGAGGGACACAUGCCAGAAAUUCUCGCUAUGGCUCACGUGCACAGACUGACGCCGUCUCCAGCGCUGAUCUUCACCACUAUCAUUUCCCUGGUGGUGCUGAUCCCUGGGGACUUCCAGAGCAUUGUCAACUACUUCAGCUUCGCAGCUUGGUUUUUCUAUGCCAUCACUCUGUCUGGACUCCUGUAUCUCAGGAUUAAGAAACCAGAGCUUCCCAGGUCAUAUAGGGUUCCCAUCAUACUCCCUAUACUGGUCCUUAUUGCUGCGAUAUUCCUUGUGCUGGCCCCCAUCAUAGACAGUCCUCAGAUUGAAUAUCUGUAUGUGGCUUUAUUUAUCUUCAGUGGAGUUAUAGUCUAUGUGCCGUUCAUCCAUUACAAGCUGUGCCCAGGCCUAUUGACCAAGCUGACAGUGUUCCUGCAGCUGUUCCUCGAAGUCGCCCCGGCAGAAAAAAACCUGUGAUUUUGUAAACUAAAAACUAAA